GAGAGAGAGAGAGAGAGAGACCGAGGCAGUGAGAGAGAGGUGAGAGAGAGAGAGAAGCUGCCGGCCCAUUGAGGAAAGAUGGCUACAGUGACUGCGAACGGAGUGCAGCAGGAGAAUGGAUUCAGCACCACGACCAGCGGCGUCAGGAUGAACGGGCUGACGGUGGGUCAGAACACCAUUCCGAUGAAAGACCACGACGCCAUCAAGCUUUUCAUCGGACAGAUUCCCCGGAACCUGGAGGAGAAAGACCUAAAGCCCCUCUUUGAGGAAUUUGGGAAGAUAUACGAACUCACUGUACUGAAAGACAGAUUCACGGGAAUGCAUAAAGGAUGUGCCUUUCUAACAUACUGUGCCAGAGAGUCAGCGUUGAAGGCCCAGAGUGCCCUCCAUGAACAGAAGACUCUGCCAGGGAUGAAUCGGCCAAUCCAGGUGAAGCCCGCAGACAGCGAGGGACGAGGAGAAGACAGGAAGCUGUUUGUGGGGAUGCUCGGCAAGCAGCAGGCAGAGGAAGAUGUCCGACGGCUCUUCGAGACCUUCGGCCAGAUAGAGGAGUGCACCGUCCUGCGAGGGCCCGAUGGGGCCAGUAAGGGCUGUGCCUUUGUGAAGUUUUCCAGCCAUGCAGAAGCGCAGGCAGCAAUCAACAGCUUGCAUGGUGGACAGACGAUGCCUGGGGCGUCGUCGAGCCUGGUGGUGAAGUUCGCGGACACCGACAAGGAGAGGACCCUGCGCAGGAUGCACCAGAUGGCCGGCCAGCUCGGCAUCUUCAGCCCCAUGACCAUCCAGUUUGGGACAUACGGCGCGUACUCUCACGCUGUAAGUCUCAGCUCGGCGGGAGAGGAGACGCAGAUGAUGCAACAGCAAGCAGCCCUGAUGGCGGCGUCACAAGGCUCCUACCUGAACCCCAUGGCCGCCAUCGCCGCCGCGCAGAUGCAGCAAAUGGCCGCUUUCAACGUGAACGGUCUGGUGGCUACCCCCAUGACGCCCUCUUCAGGCGCCAGCACCCCGCCAGGCAUCAAUGCCUCGGCUGUGCCCAGCAUAGCAGCCCCUAUUGGAGUGAACGGGUUCAGUACACUCCCGCCCCAGAGUAACGGUCAGCCCAACUCAGAACCCAUCUACACCAAUGGGAUCCAUCCCUACCCAGCACAGAGUCCGACCGUGACGGACCCCCUCCAGCAGGCUUAUGCGGGCGUGCAACACUACGCAGCAGCGUACCCCGCUGCCUACGCGCCAAUCAGCCAAGCCUUCACCCAGCAACCAACCAUCAUACCCCAGCAACAGCGGGAAGGGCCAGAAGGCUGCAACCUGUUCAUCUACCACCUGCCCCAGGAGUUCGGAGACACGGAGCUCAUGCAAAUGUUCCUGCCCUUCGGAAACGUCAUCUCUGCCAAAGUCUUCGUGGACCGCGCGACCAAUCAGAGCAAAUGUUUUGGCUUCGUGAGCUUCGACAACCCGUCCAGCGCCCAGGCCGCCAUCCAGGCCAUGAACGGCUUCCAGAUCGGCAUGAAGAGACUCAAGGUGCAGCUGAAGAGGCCGAAGGACGCCAACCGCCCCUACUGACGCCCCGCCCCCAGCCCCGCC